AUGGAGAAUGAAUCAGUUAAAGAGCGCAGGUUGGCUGCAUUAUGUAGAAGAAUGGGGCAAAUGUGGUCAGAGGAUUUCGUAGCCAACAUGUUUGAAGAAAUUCCAGAGGAUAAAUGGAAAGCAUGUAAUCUCAUACUGCUAGGGAAACUCUUUUCCAGGUCAAACGUAAACUUUCAGGCCUUCUUAUCCACAAUGAAGAAGGCUUGGAAGACUGAAAACGUAGUGUGUGAGGCAGUGCAGUCGGGCCUGUUCUCGUUCACUUUCAGAGAGGAAGCUGACUUGAAAAGAGUCUUGGAUACUAGCCCUUGGUGUUUCUCGGGGAACCUGCUCAUUCUACAGAAACUACAACCAAAGGAACCUAUCCACCGGCAUGUCUUUACUCAUUGUGCAUUUUGGGUGCAAGUGCUGGGAAUUCCGAUAAUUCGAAUAACUAAAAAGACGAUGCUAGAGGUGGCCGGGAAGAUAGGAAAGGUGGUGGAACUGAAAAUAAACGGCAAAGAUGGCAGCCCAUGUAAGGUGGGAAGAGCGCGCGUGAUGCUAGACUUAUCACGCCCCCUAUGGCCAGGAGCAUUGGUGAAUUUCGAUGAUGAUCAAAUAUGGGUGGAUUUUAAAUAUGAGAGGCUUCCUUACUAUUGCUAUUCAUGUGGCCGGAUAGGCCAUUAUACCACAAGCUGUGAGGAAAUCCCUUACAAGGAACCAAGGUCGAGGGAGGAAGUAGCUGGAAACUUUGGAUAUUGGCUGAAAGCGGAAGCCAAGGAAAAUAGUCAUUUCUGGAAAAUGUAUUAUGGGGAAGAGAUACAUUGUGAGGAACAAGAAACAGUUGCGGAAACUCCACCGGUUGGUACCAUGGAGGUCCCGACCAAUAAUGAGAACUAUGAGAUGCAAUUGGGAUAUCCUAUGGAAGCUCAACCCUCAUAA